GGUCACUGGAAACACUGGAAAGGUAUUGGUGCGCUCGGCAUGGUGACGUUGCCAGAGGAAGGCAGGGAGCAAGCCUGCAGAUGCAUGAGCUCCAUCCAACCUUUAUUCAAGAGAACACCCCCAUCCUCAACCCGAGCUCCAGGUGGAAGAGAGUAUGUUUUAAUCAACAUGCAACUUUUCUUAAAUAGUGGGAAAUAGAAAAAAGAAAAGAUGGAGCUACAGGUGGAGAACCAGAGUGAGUCUUUCAACACCAACACAAUGAAGCUGCCAGGUAACCAUAUCCUGGAGGUGGGUGUAGAUAACUUUAUUUCUCUCAUGAUAUUCGGACUUAUUUUCAUCCUCGGUGUGCUCGGGAACACCAUGGUGAUCACGGUGCUGGCGCGCAGUAAACCGGGACAACCGAGGAGCACGACCAACAUCUUCAUCCUCAACCUGAGCGUGGCGGACCUGUCCUACCUCCUCUUCUGCGUCCCCUUCCAGUCCACCAUCUACAUGCUGACCUCAUGGGUGCUGGGAGCUUUCAUCUGCAAGUUCAUCCACUAUUUCUUCACCGUGUCCAUGCUGGUUAGUAUUUUCACUCUGUCCGCGAUGUCCGUGGAUCGAUACGUGGCCAUCGUCCACGCCAGGAAAUCCUCGUCCAUCCGCGUAGGGAGGCAUGCGAUGAUCGGAGUGGUGCUGAUCUGGAUCGUGUCUCUGGUCAUGGCAGCUCCCGUGGCGCACUACCAGAACAUCGUGGAAUGGAAGGACAACAACACCUACUGCUGGGAGGUUUGGCCGGACCACCAGAGGAAAGUCUACGUGAUGUGCACCUUUGUUUUCGGAUACCUGCUGCCUCUCACUUUGAUAUCCGUCUGCUAUGCAAAGGUUUUAAACCAUCUACACAAAAAGCUGAAGAAUGUCUCCAAAAAAUCAGAGCUCUCCAAAAGGAAGACUGCCCAGACAGUCCUGGUGGUGGUCGUGGUCUUCUGUCUGUCUUGGUUGCCCCACCACAUCGUCCACCUGUGGGUGGAGUUUGGCUCUUUCCCCCUGAGCCAGGCCUCCUUCGUGUUCAGGGUGGUGGCUCACUGCUUGGCUUACAGCAACUCCUCCGUCAACCCCAUCAUCUACGCUUUCCUGUCGGAGAACUUCAGGAACUCCUACAAGCAGGUUUUCUGGUGCCGCAUUCCCAGCAAGUGUCCGGUCAACGACACCAGGGACCUCCGCAGCCGAGUGGAGACGGCGCCGUCCACCAACAUCAGCGUGACCUACAAAGGUCAUGACUCUCAGAUCAGUAAAAUGCUCUGAUGUCGCUGCUGACGUUGAGAGCAUCUUCUGUGUUGUAUAGAGGACCUGACUGGCUUUUUGAGGUUGAUGCAUAUACUGAUAUUUGAGAUUUAAAAAUACUGAUCUCUCAUCUGAUAUUUGUUGUAAAUAAUGCUGCUGCUUGAGAGCUCUGUCAGUGUCAGUACCACCAUAUUUUAUGAACAUAAGACGAGAUGAGGAUUUGCAUGUCUGUCCAAUAAUUGGUACGAAGCAGGUGUUGCGAUAAUUCAGCCACACGAAUUAACUAUUCAUAAAUAAAGGAAUAGUAUUCAACGAUUACAUGAGAUCGGUAUCACUCUCAUGUUUCUCAAUAUGAAGCAGCCAGUAGCCAGUUAGCGUAGCUUAGCACAAAGACUGGAAACAGAGGGAAACAGCUAGCCUAGCUCUGUCCGGAGGUAACAAAACACACCCGCUACACCUCUAAAGCUCUCUAACCAGCUUUAGAUAUGUAACGAUCUUUAGAAAUAUAUGUCAGUUUGUGUUUUCUUUUUACAGCAUGUGUGACCUCACCCUUCUGAAGGGCCUGUCAAUCAAAGCAGCCACACUAACUAAUUAAUUCUGCAUAACUU